AUGCUGAGCCUCGUGAAUAGAGCCGUCGCCGGGCGCGCGCUCUCCGCUGCGGCCACAUCGACCAGCUCCAAGAUUAUCGUCCCAAUUUUCGCCGCCGCGGCGCCGCGCGUGCGUCGCUUUGCGCCCAUUGCUCGGAGCUUCACCGUGUCGGCCCGGGUUCGCUUCCCCGCCGCUGCCUCCAGCAAGAAGACAACCACCGCUGCUAAGAAGAAGCCCGCGGCAAAGAAGAAGCCCGCGGCGAAGAAGAAGAAGCCUGCUGCUAAGAAGAAGCCUGCGACCAAGAAGAAGCCUGCGGCAGCCAAGAAGAAGAAGGCCCUGACGCCGGAGCAAAAGGAAAAGAAGCAGCUCGCGCAGCUGCGAAAGAUGGCGCUGCCCAAGGGACCCAAGGGCAAGCCAACCAAUGCUUGGACUGUCUUCCUCGCCGACAAUGUCAAAGCCGGCAGUGGCGUGCCCCUGACGGACAAGGUCAAGGACAUUUCGGCCCAGUUCAAGAACCUCCCUGAACAUGAAAAGACGCGUCUCACUGAGCGCGCUCAUGAAAAUCUUGCGGCCAAUAAAGCUGCCCUCAAGCAGUGGGUCGAAUCGUACCCUGCCGGAGUAAUCUACAUGGCCAACCUGGCCCGUCGCCGCCUCGCGCGCAAGCUCGAAAAGAGGCGUCCCGCACUUCUUCCCGAUGAACGCCAAGCGAAGUCCGCACCCAGCGCCUACUCGCUCUUCAUCAAGUCGAACCACGACCAGGUCACCGCCGACACGCCCACCGACGCCUUCCGUCAGCUCGCCCUACAGUGGAAGUCGCUGCCCGAGUCGGAGAAGCAAAGAUACAAGGAUGCCGCCAGCGCGGACGUGCAAAAGAACCGCGAUGCUAUUGCGGAUCUGCGCGCCAAGGGCAAGGCCUACUGGACGGACAAGGGUCUGUAA